AUGGAGAAACGGCCUCAACAAGAAGAGGACAAAGAGUUGUGGUCCACCCUUCACGCCACCGUUCUCCAAUGGCUCUAUGCUACUAUCUCUCAUGAUCUUUUGCAUACAAUUCUUAAAUCCGACACCACGAUGAUGAAGGCUUGGAACCAUUUGCGUGACAUAUUCCAGGAUAACAAACACUCUUGUGCUGUCACCCUUGAGUACGACUUCACUCAUGUAGACAUGACAGAUUUUCCGAAUGUCUCUGCCUAUUGUAAAUAUCUCAAAUCUCUAGCAGAUCAACUCAAGAAUAUCGACUCUCUGAUCUCUAACGAUCGACUAGUUCUUCAACUGGUCUCUGGCCUUACCGAGCCCUACCACGGUGUGGCCACUCUUAUUCGCCAAUGUGACCCUUUGCUUCAAUUUUAUCAAGCUCGUUCGAUGCUCACUCUUGAGGAGACUGAUCGUGCUAAGAAAGUGGCCCAAAGCUUCUCUGUUGUCUUAGUUGCUCACUCAUCCGAGGGUCCUCCUGAUGUUCCUGAUAAUUUCUCUUUCAACCGCAAUACUAAUGGUGGGAAGAGGAACCACAACCAAAGCAAUAAUGGUAAAAAGUAUCGCGAUAACAAUAGUGGUCGUGGAGACGGCAAAGGAGCUGCCAGAAUCGAUGGUAAUGCAUGUUGUAAUGGUCAGUUGGGAGGCAAAAACAGUCGCGACACUGGGCAGCAGUCAGUGAGGAAGAACCCUCCGCUCUAUUCUCCAUGGGCUGGUGGGCAGCAGUGGUCGUGGAUGGCAUUAUGGAGUCCUAGGGCUAUCCCACCGUGUCCAUAUCCUUCAACUUCUUGGUUCCGGCCCAAUUAUGGACAAUAG